UUCUGGUAUUUCUAAUUUAUUUUUUGAUUUACCUGUGAUAACUGGAUAGUAGCGAUAGUGCUUAUUACUAAAAAUUUGAGAAAAUGGUUCCAGCAAAUUGUAUCUAUACUGCUGUAUGAAGGUUGUACUUUUAAAUCAACGGGCUGUCGUUAAUUUUAUUUCAUUUUCCAAAAAAGGGUAACCGUUAAGUACUUAUUUAACAUAAAAUGGGCAAUUAUGAGAAGGUCGACAUGGAAAAAGGAUAGAUUUCUAUUCUAAAAAUUGAAUACAACCUCUUGCUUCGAUGCGAGUGUGUUCUUGCACUUCGUACAAGAUUUUUGUUUAAAGGGCUACAUUAAUUUUGACAUUCACAAAACGAACGAAUAUAAGAAAACAACCUUUGGACUUCAUGUGCAAGGUUUUCUUCCGAUAUUAAUUCAAAAAUAAUCUAGUCGUAUGUAGAAUAAUUUAGAUUUUAAAUAUGUAUUCUUAUUUGUCAUCCGGAAAUAAGGUGCUAAAAGAAGUCUUGAAUAAAAAUGCUUGGAAUUUAACACAUAAUGUAUUUACAAAAUAUUAUUCUAAAGAAACAGUAGCGUUCGGAAACAUUGUGAAAGAAGUGAACAAGGUUGAACAUCCUGAAUAUGUCCCUAGAAAAUAUUAUCGUAACAAUUUGUCACAAAGCAGCUUGCACCAUUUAAAAUGGAUGAUGCAAAAAGAUCUUUUAAAUCAAGAUAUAUUUCUAUUAGGACCUCCAGGUCCAAGAAAAAGACAUUUAGCUUUGCAGUACUCGGAAUUAACAAAUAGAGAACAUGAAUAUGUUGCUCUAAGCAGAGAUACAACUGAAUCUGAUUUAAAGCAGAGACGAGAAAUCAUCAAAGGAACAGCCAAAUAUUUUGAUCAGAGCGCCGUAAAAGCUGCAAAAGAAGGAAGAAUUCUAAUUUUAGAUGGCAUUGAAAAAGCAGAAAGAAAUGUUUUGCCAGUAUUAAAUAAUCUCUUGGAAAAUCGAGAAAUGCAUUUAGAAGAUGGGAGAUUAUUGAUUCCAGCAUCUAGAUAUGAUAAAUUAUUAAAAGAAUAUGGUGAAGAAGAAUUACAAAAAUGGAAAUUAGUGAGGGUUGAUGAUAAUUUUAGGGUUAUCGCAUUAGGCUUGCCUGUUCCUAAAUAUAGAGGAAAUCCAUUAGAUCCCCCACUAAGGUCAAGAUUUCAAGCUAGGGAUGUUUAUUCAAACAGUUAUCAGGAAUGGUAUAAAGAACUGCAGCAAAUAGCACCUAGCGCCUCCAAGGACAAAUUAGAAAAAAUACUUUCUUGCGCUUUCGCACUACUUAGCAAAGAAAGUUCAACUUUAGGUCUACCUGAUUUUCCCGUCGAUAAUCUACCUCUAGCAGCAUUAAUUUUGGAACAAAACCCUCAUUUAACCCCCUACGAAAUAAUAUACCGUCUAUACCCUUACAAAACAUUCCUAAAAGAUGGCGUCCAAAACUUAGAAGAUCUCCUAACUAAACUAGAAGUACCUCCUAUACAAGACGAAGAUUUAAACACGAAUUUUUUGAAAAAAAUACCGAAGAUAUUUAAAUCUACCUCAUCAACCUCGAAAUACGAUUCAUACAUCGAAACAACGUACCAAAACAACCUCUUGGACAACAUCCUUCAAACUGUCAAAGUGGCAGACGUGUGUCUCGUCGGACCGAGCGGUUGCGGUAAAAGUAUGAUAGUCAACAAAGUAGCCGAAACGUUGGGAAGAGAUGUCGAAAAUAUCGUUUUGUAUCAAGAUAUGACGUCUAGAGAUUUAAUUCAGCAAAGGACCACUUUGGACAACGGCGAUACCAUGUGGAAAUUUUCUCCGUUAAUAGAAGCUGCUCUUGAAGGAAAAAUCGCUGUUUUGGAUGGUAUCAACAGGAUUCACCCUAGUACUUUAACAGUAUUACAUAGAUUGGUACAAGACAGAGAACUUCAAUUGCACGACGGCAAACGACUUGUCAACAGCGAAAGGUACAAAUUUUUGCAAGAACACUUUAAUUUAACUAAAAUACAGUUAAGCGAGAGUGAUGUAUUCGAAAUACAUCCGGAUUUUAGAAUAAUAGCGACGGGGGAACCACCCAACGCGCAAUCCAAUCAAACAGGAAAUUGGUUGUCUUCCGAAGUUUUGAGUCUUUUCGUUUUUCACGAAAUGAGGACUCUGAGUAAAGGCGAAGAAAUACACGUGGUUAAUUCUAAAACCGGAUCAAUUUCGAAACCGUUACAAAAGAUAAUAGAUCUCGCGCACAUCCUACGAAACAGCCCAGACCCAGCUUUAAAAAACCUUUCCGGCCAUCUAUCGACUAGAAGAAUAUUAAGGAUCGCAAAGAGAAUAAAAAAAUACCCGGAAGACAUUUACAACAUCAUGGAAGAAACGUUCAUGAUAAAAUUCUUACCAUCCCUCACCAAACAAGCCCUCGAAAAAACGAUGGAAAACAUCGGUAUAGUUCGUACGCAAACGGAUGAGAAUAGGAUAAGAUGCGAAAUUAAAGAUGGCCGUUUAACUAUAGGAAACACCACUACCGACGUUUCUAAAAUUGAUAAUCUCACUAAAGUUCCCGAUACGCUAUUCUACGACGUACCUCAACAUCUUGCUUUAAUGGAAAAGUUGCUGCAAGAUUUCGAAUUGGGGUACCAUUUGCUGCUGGUCGGUAACCAAGGUGUAGGAAAGAAUAAAAUAGUCGACAGAUUUUUGCAUCUGUUAAACAGAUCUAGGGAAUACAUCCAGCUGCAUAGGGAUACGACGGUGCAGACAUUAACAAUCCAACCGACUAUUAAAAACGGACUGUUAGUCCACGAGGAUUCGCCUCUCGUUAAAGCCAUAAAAAAUGGACACGUGUUGGUUAUCGAUGAGGCUGAUAAAGCGCCGACGCAUGUCACUUGCAUUCUCAAAACUUUAGUGGAAUCGGGUCAGAUGAUCUUAAGCGACGGAAGACGGAUAGUACCAACAGGAUCAAAAAUUAAAACUCCUGCAAACACGAUUGAAACACAUCCAGACUUCAGAAUGAUCGUUUUGGCUAAUAGACCGGGAUUUCCUUUUCUAGGGAACGAUUUCUUUGGUGCUUUAGGAGAUUUAUUCAGCAGCCAUUCCGUUGACAAUCCGUGCAGAGAUGCCGAGAUAGAUUUAUUGAGACAGUACGGACCCGAUGUCGACGUUAAGGUUAUUAAGAAAUUGGUCGGGAUUUUCGGCGAUUUAAGAUCUUUAGCCGACAAAGGGCUCGUCAAUUAUCCUUAUUCCACCAGGGAGGUCGUGAACAUCGUCAAACAUUUACAGCAAUUCCCAAACACGGAUUUGGAGGAUGUUAUUUUUAACGUGUUCGAUUUUGACAGAUACAGCCCCGAAAUGAUAGAAACUAUCGGUGAGGUUUUGGUGAAAUACGGGUUUUCGGAUAAAAAUAUGAUCACAGCCGAGUACAUAGCUGCUAAGCGCGCUAAAGAAUACGUUCAACUCACAGUCAACAGGCAUAGCGGUCUAGACACAGAAGCACCAAAACAUGGCAAAGAAGAUCCAAAAAAUGAACCGCACGUUGGGGGUAACACUUGGGCUGGUGGUACGGGUGGACGUGAUACAGCCGGUCUUGGAGGUAAAGGAGGGCCGUAUCGGUUAGAUAAGGGGCACAAAGUACAUCAACUUUCUGACGAAGAAAAGAAUGCGGUACCAGAACACGUCCAGAGGGCGGCUAGGGAAAUGGGUAGAAAGGCGUUUCAAGAGAAAUUAAAGGAAAUCGGGAUGAGUGGGUACGACGCUUCCGUUUAUUCCCAAUUUUCUAACGCUGUUCAGUAUCAGGUGCAAUCGUUAAGGGUCAUAUUAGGAAAUUUACAAGCCAAAAUCAAGGAGAGGCAAUGGUACAGGCAUCAAACUUCUGGAGAAUUAGAUGAUGUUAAAUUAAUAGAUGGUUUAUUAGGUGAAAAAACAAUCUUUAGGCGUCGGGCGGAACAAGAACCGGAAUUGGGCACUCCCCAAACCAAACCCAAACUCUUCAGAGUAGUGGUGGACGUUUCCGGCAGUAUGUAUAGAUUCAAUUCGUAUGAUGGUCGUUUAGACAGAGAACUAGAAGCGGUUGUGUUAGUAAUGGAGGCGUUCGAGGGAUUUGAAGAUAAAAUCAAAUACGACAUCAUCGGCCAUUCGGGUGAAGAAUACAAUUUGACUUUCGUCAAACGGAAUGACCCUCCCAAGGAUAAUAUGGAGAGAUUGAAUAUAAUUAGGGUUAUGCAUGCGCACUCCCAAUUUUGUUGGUCAGGCGAUAACACUUUGGAAUCCACGAAUUGGGCAAUCGAGACCAUAGCGGAAGAAGAUUGCGACGAGGCUAUCGUAAUUGUACUUUCGGACGCCAAUUUGCAACGAUACGGGAUUCCCCCGGCCGAAUUAGCUAAAGCGAUGUCUUCCAAGCCCAAUGUGAGCGCGUACGCGGUGUUUAUAGGAAGUUUAGGAGACCAAGCCGAAAGGUUGACGCAAAGAUUGCCAGCCGGCAGAGCGUUUAUAUGCAACGAUACUAGGGAGUUACCGCAAAUUUUGAAGCAGAUAUUCUCUUCUUCAGUAGUCAAUAUUUAAAUCAAUUUUACUUACUAUAAAGAUG